AUGGGUGACCUAGCCCCCUUCGCGCUCCCAAAGUGGGUCGAAUCCAACAAAGACAACGUCAAACUAGGAUUAGCCGGCAGCGCCGCACCCUCUCUAUCAAUCCAAGAUCUAAUUGAUCUAUCUACCGACAAAGAAACAACCUCUGCCAACCUCUCAAUCCAAUCCCUGAAGUUGUCUCUAGGCCCAUUCGACGGCAGUGAACCACUCCGCAAGCAAAUCGCAGCUCUAUACGAUGACUCCGUCAAUGCAGAGCAUAUUUUCCCAACUCACGGCACAACGGGUGCCAAUGCUCUUGUCUUCCAGAGCCUACUGAGUCCAGGCGAUCAUGUCAUCGCCAUGUACCCCUGCUACACGCAGUUAAUCUCCCUACCGAAAUCCGUUCCCGGCGUGGAAGUUUCAUAUUGGACACUCGAUCUGCAGAAUGGAGCUCAAGCCAACAUCCAACAACUGCAAGAGCUGAUCAAGCCGAAUACCAAGAUGAUCAUCUUGAAUAACCCGAACAAUCCACUCGGAAGUGUCCUCCCAGUCUCCAAAGCAAACGAAAUCGUCAACCUAGCCCGUACGCACGACCUCACAAUCCUAGUCGACGAAAUCUUCCGCCCGCUCUUCUACACCGACCUCGCUCCACCAUCAUUUAUAUCCCUCUCAACCCCCGCAGACAAAAUAGUGGUCACAAGCUCUAUGAGCAAAGCAUGGGGUCUAUCCGGAACCCGAAUCGGCUGGGUCGCUACACUAAACACAUCCAUCCUCUCCCAAUGCUUUGACCGCGGCCUCUACACCAUAAUGUCCUUGAGUUCCAUCGACUCCGUCAUCGCGACUGAAGCACUCAGUGACAGAUGCAGACCGCAGAUUCUCGCGAGACAUUUAGAUAUUGCGCGGAAGAAUAUCGCGCUGCUCGAUGCGUUUGUGGAGAGUUCUAAGGGGUUGUGUGAGUGGGUUCGGCCGGUUGGUGGGGGCACGGGGUUUGUCAAGUUUUUGGAUAAGAAGGGAGAGCCGCUUGACGAUGUGCUGUUUUGUAGGGGGUUGAAAGAGAAGAAGGGGGUUUUGGCUGCGCCGGGGAGUCUUUGUUUUGGGGCUCGUGGCGGAGAAGAGUUUAGGGGGUAUGUCAGGGUGCAUAUUACUGUUGACCCUGGGGUUUUGGAGACGGCUUUAGCUGCUAUUGGGGAGUUUUUGGAGGAGUCGACCGAGUAG